AUGUCGAAACUUAUUCUGUUGCUGGCUGUCUGCUGCCUGUGCCUGUGCCUGACUCAGGUCCAGGCCCAAGCCCGCGCAUUCUGCGAUGGUCUAGUGGCCGAGUGCAGGCGCCAUGAACGUGAGGUGGGCCCCAGGGACGAUACCGUGGACAUCUACAACCAACAUUGUGCUCGCAUCGAUCGCACCUGGAGACGUAUAACACGCUGUCAGCUAGUUUAUGCCUCCUGCCUUCUGACUAUUUUACGUUGCGACAAUCUUACCUGCAAAAAUGUGGCUGGAGUCCUCUAG